AUGUGGUUUAGAUUAAAGUGGAUAGGGUGGUGGUGGAGACUUAAACCCUUUUGUUUCCUGUUCCAGUCAGAGAAAAGUGAAGGGAUGUUCAAGGUCACCAUGCUACCUGGAGAUGGGGUUGGCCCAGAGCUCAUGCAUUCUGUCAAAGAGGUGUUCAAGGCUGCGGGCGUCCCUGUGGAGUUCGAUGAGCACCACCUGAGCGAAGUGCAGAACACGGCGUCAGAGGAAAAGCUGGAUGAGGUGGUCGACUCCAUGAGGGAGAGUAAAGUGGCCCUUAUAGGAAAGAUCCACACGCCCAUGGAGUACAAAGGAGAACUGGCCUCCUAUGACAUGAGGCUCAGGCGCAAGUUAGACCUGUUUGCUAACGUCGUCCAUGUGAACAGUUUACCUGGUUUUAAAACACGACACAACAACUUGGAUCUCGUGAUCAUUCGUGAGCAGACGGAGGGGGAGUACAGCUCUCUGGAGCACGAGAGCGUCAAGGGCGUGAUCGAGUGCCUGAAGAUCAUCACCCGGGACAAGUCGCAGCGCAUCGCCAAGUUCGCCUUCGACUAUGCCACCAAGAAAGGGCGCUCAAAGGUCACCGCCGUGCACAAAGCCAACAUCAUGAAGCUGGGGGACGGGCUCUUCCUCCAGUGCUGUAAAGAGGUGGCAGAACUGUACCCCAAGAUUGAAUUUGACACCAUGAUCAUUGACAAUUGCUGCAUGCAGCUGGUGCAGGACCCCCACCAGUUUGAUGUGCUGGUCAUGCCAAACCUGUACGGAAACAUCGUUGACAACCUAGCUGCCGGCUUGGUGGGCGGUGCCGGCGUGGUUCCCGGGGAGAGCUACAGCGCCGAGUACGCCGUGUUUGAGAUGGGCGCCCGCCAUCCCUUUGCCCAGGCCGUCGGCAGGAACAUCGCCAACCCCACCGCCAUGCUGCUCUCCGCCUCCAACAUGCUGCGCCAUCUCAACCUGGAGUACCACUCCAACGUCAUCGCCGAGGCCGUCAAGAGGGUGAUUAAAGUCGGCAAAGUGCGGACGCGGGACAUGGGCGGUUACUCCACCACCUCGGACUUCAUGAAGUCUGUGAUUGACAACCUGCACCCCCACUAUGGUGUCUAGGCCCCGCCACAGGGGGAAGUCCUUGGGCUUCUCUGCUCUCCAGCACCCAUCUCUCGCAUACAGCCCAGGUGGACCUUUCUCACCUGCGCCCGCCCCCAGCGGAGAACCUGGGGGCCGCUGGAGCCAGCCCCCCGAAAUGAGGCCCCUGGGGGAAGGCGCUUGCCUCUUCCCCAGCCCCCUUAUCUGUUCAGGCAUGGGCAGCCCUCUCAUCAGAGAGGCAUGUCUGAGAACCUGGGGCUAAUCCUGGCUCUCCUGGGGCUUUGUGCAGCCUGGGCAAGCCAGUUCCGGUCCCUCUGUGUGGCAGGGCCCACCCCCUGCCCACGUGCUCCGCCGCGAUGGGGCAGCUGGCUCAGAUGGGGCUUGGCGCUGAGGAAGGACAGAGCCCAAAUGGUCCACGUCUGCGGCCGCUGAGCCUGCCUGCAGUGCGGCUGACCUGGCCUGUCCUGCCCUCCCCCUCUGGUUUUGUCUAGGCCCUGCUCACGGCUGCAGGAACCCCCGCCCGCUCCAGCGGGGAAGGCUAGGGUUGGCUUGGAGGGAAGCAGAAUUUCAGCCUUGUUAAUCGGAGCAGCUGGAAAGCAGGGCAUGUCCGGGGUGGGGGGAGUGGCUUUAACUUCCUCUGUUAGCUACACAACUUCCUCCCCCUCCCAGAGAAGGGGGGGGGGGUGAGAGGCUUUCCUUCUACACUAGCAAUAAAAUCCAGUCCUGCUCUCA